CAAGAGACAAAGAGACCCACUAGGGUUUUAGGCAAAAUAUCAAAAGCAAGAGCUUUAGAGAGAGAGAGAGAGAGAGAGAGAGAGAGAGAGCGCUAGGGUUUUGGUAAUAAGCUAAAGAGAGAGAGAGAGAGAGAGAAGAGAGAGCGACAAUGGUGGCCGACAAAGGGAAGAAGCUAAAGACAACAGAGAAAGGCGAAGAGGAAAACAACUCUGAGACCAUCGAUGAGAAGCUCGUCCUCUCCAUCGAAAAGCUCCAGGAGAUCCAAGACGAGCUCGAAAAGAUCAAUGAAGAGGCCAGUGAUAAGGUCCUAGAAGUGGAGCAGAAGUAUAAUGAAAUACGCGGGCCUGUUUAUGAUAAGCGGAAUGAGAUUAUUAAAUCCAUUCCAGACUUCUGGUUAACUGCUUUUUUGAGUCAUCCUGCUCUAAGUGAACUAUUGACAGAAGAUGAUCAAAAGAUAUUCAAGCAUCUAAGCUCCUUGGAAGUGGAGGAUUUCAAAGAUGUCAAAUCGGGUUACUCUAUCACAUUUCACUUUAACCCAAACCCUUAUUUUGAAGAUACAAAGCUUACAAAGACUUUCACUUAUGCUGAUGAUGAAGGAGCAACAAAAAUUACAGCCACAUCAAUAAAGUGGAAAGAGGGCAUGGGCAUACAAAACGGAGUUAACCAUGAGAAGAAAGGGAACAAGCGGCCUGCCACUGAAGAUAGCUUCUUUAGCUGGUUUUCAGAGACUCCAGAGAAAGAUGACUUAGAUGACAUUCAUGAUGAGAUUGCAGAGAUCAUCAAGGAGGAUUUAUGGCCGAAUCCACUCACCUACUUCAAUAAUGAAGCUGAUGAAGAAGACUUCGAUGAGGAAGAGCCUGGUGAAGAGGGAAAGGAAGGCGACGACUCUGAAGAUGAUGAGGAUGACCAAGAAGAUGAUGAGGAUGAUGAUGACGAUGGUGGUGAGGACGAUGGCAAGUGAUCUCGCUUCAUUAGUGCAUUCACUUGUGGCUUUCACUGCUUUGGUAACAGCUUUGUGUAAAGUGGUCUCUACUAGUUGCUGAAGUAUCCUGUGAUGGUGAGGAUGACACCAUCUUCACUCCUUUAUGAUAGCUCUCUAUCGUGUAGGCAACUGACUGCCACCGCGGCCAGUCCGUAAUUUUCUGACUUUGUUCUUUUUGUACUUUUUAAGGCCAUAUUAUGCUAUUUUAUGGGGUUAUUUUUGUGGGUUCCUUCCCUAAUAUCCAGUCUCUUAAGACAAAAAAUGGUAUAUGAGCUUUAUAUGUUACAUUUUAUCAUAACUUAUGUGGGGAGUAAAUCAUGGUACUUGGUGUAAAGCUGUUCGAGUAUCCUAUAUAUGCCAGAUUAUCCACAAAUUGUGCUA